CACACCAACUCAAAAAUCAGUAACAUGGGCUCUUCCUUAAGGUUCUUAGUGAUCCUACUUGCAGCACUCAUUCUCACCCCUCAAGGCCUAGCCAACUAUGAAAAACCCCCUGAGUAUAAGCCACCUAUGUACAAGCCCCCAAUAGAGAAACCACCUAUGUACAAGCCACCAGUUGAGAAGCCACCUGUUUAUAAGCCACCAGUUGAAAAACCACCAGUUUAUAAGCCACCAGUUGAGAAGCCACCUGUUUAUAAACCACCAGUUGAGAAGCCACCAGUUUACAAGCCUCCAUAUGAGAAGCCACCAGUUUAUAAGCCACCAACUGAAAUACCACCUGUUUAUAAGCCACCAACUGAGAAGCCACCAGUUUAUAAGCCACCAGUUGAGAAGCCACCAGUUUACAAGCCUCCACAUGAGAAGCCACCUUAUGGUCACUACCCUCCAGCAGAUGAUAGAACCCGUCUCUAAAGCAUGUAAGAGGUCGUACAUGAAGGAUAUGCUAAAUAAGAGGUGUAGUUACCGCUUGUCUUCUUCAUUUCAACCCUUUAUUUACAAUGCUAUGGCCGAGACAAGAGCAUCAUAAAUGUAUGAAUGUGAAGCAAAAAAACAGAAAUUGGUGCUUUUGUACUCCAAAUCAUGAAUAAAAGGAUUUUAUGAUUUA